GUCUGGUCAAGGGCACGACGUCGACCGUGCAAAAUUUUCUGUUACCGUCAAAUGGUGGAGGUAUUGAGGAAAGGAUAGAUCACGAAACGGUGACUCUCCCACCUGAUGCAGAACUGGAGAUGAAAAAGCUAGAACUUCAACCUGGAACAGCGUACAAGUUCCGAGUAGCUGGUGUCAACUCGUGUGGACGAUGCUUGUGGAGUGAAGUUUCCGCUUUCAAAACAUGUCUCCCUGGAUUCCCUGGUGCUCCGUCAGCAAUAAAGAUUUCCAAAUCACCCGAAGGUGCACACCUGUCUUGGGAGCCACCUCAGAGUACCGCUGGAGAGAUAACAGAAUAUUCAGUCUAUUUGGCUGUCAAAGGAACUUCAGCUCAGUCUGUGAGUGGGCCUUCUCAGUUGGCAUUCGACGAGGGCGGAAUGCCAAGCGACCAACGUCACCCGUCAGGUUAUUUGACGUACCAAACGGAAAGUUCCGACAAGAUAAUGCGCCCCAAUACUUGCUCAGUUCUCAAAACGCCCUCCGGAAGCUGGAGCAGUGAAAAUUGUCAAUCGACUUCAACUGCCGACUCCACUUGCGAAUUCGUCGCUGAUGUCCACAAUCCGGACAUCCGGUCAUCGCUGAUGUAUCGCCCGGAUUUGGAUUACAUGGAGAAGUUCUGUACCAAGGAAAAUCACGACGACGGCGUGCCGAGCAAACUCAGUUAUCACUGCAGCCGUCUCAGCGCCUCCGAAGUAAUUUAUAAGCACUCUGAUUUUAAUCCCGUAGUCACGCCGGCUAACAUUUCGGCCGACAUCACGUUCAACGUUAUCCAGAACCCGUUCAGCGGCUACCAGGUCGUCCCGGAUAUGGCGUCAUUCAAGGACGCGAAAUCGUUUGAGACAGCCAGAUCGUCUCUGAUGCAAUUCGUCAGCUUCUUUUUGGAUUCCAUUUGGUUAUCCGUCGACGUGUACAAUGGGUACAAUGUCACCGAGUUGCAACCGCCGAUCGUGCUCGACAGUUACAUCAAAAACAAGUUGUUGGACAAAAUGAAAGAUUUGGAAUACGUCAGUAGCAGUUUCGAGAAAUUUGGCGAUGCUCUGUCGAGAGCUCAAUCGAGAGCCUAUAGCGGGCAGGACGUCAUCAUUUAAACGGCCGUUCAGACUUUUUCAAGUCUGAGCACUUGGGUCAAGUCGUACGAA